GAUACUGAUAGGACUAACAGAAACAAAACAUGAGUAAUCUUUCAAUCACCCGACGAGCAAUGAGCAAUAUUACAUGUCUUGGUCCUUAUUUCAUUGCGUAAACCGAUAAACUUGGAAAAUAACAUAACAGUCAAAAACUUUUGUAAGGCAAAGCAAUAGGACCCACCCCCCCAAAAAAGGACAUUUUUUUUAAAUGGCAAUUCAGAGAUAAGUUACCAAGAAAUUCACGGGAUUAAACAAGCAGACACAUUUUGUAGAUACCCAUUGAUACAACGGAUUUCGUUCGGCGGUGUAUAAACAACGGGCAUUUCCGUUCAGUUUGUCAUUUUACUAACUCGUACUACCAUGACGAUGGAUUCUCAAGUCAAAGUGGACGCAGUAGUAUCAAACAACUCAGGCGCUGACAUAAAUCCAAACACCAUUCCAAUACGUGAGGAAGAUAAUGAACCCAUUCCUGUCCCCGUAAAUAAAACUGACGAGCUUUACAAAAUGGAUCACGAAAAGCGAGGCUAUGCCUUAAUCUUUUCUCAUGAAAAUUUUAAUUCAAAUUUAGAAUUGAAUUCACGACCUGGCAGCCACAAGACAGCUGAGAAUCUGAGAGACGCUUUAAUUCAAUUGAAGUUUGAAGCUGAAAUCUUUUCCGAUUUCACGUACGAGGAAAUAAAAACAAAAGUUAACGAUCUCUGUAGCAGGGAAGACGAUCUGAGGAAAAGCGAUUGCAUUUUAAUUAUCGUUAUGACUCAUGGUCUUUUUAACGACCAUUUAUACUCCAAAGAUACGCAUUAUCCUUCCAAUGAUUUGCGACUGCUCUUCAUCACCAAGCAAUGUCCAAGUUUGGCAGGAAAACCUAAACUGUUCAUUUUUCAGGCUUGCAGGGGUAAUCAACAAGACACAGGAACAAAGGUGAUGCAAUCCACUGCAACACAAACUGACGGACCGUUGUCUAAAUCCAAGAAUGUUGUUUACAGAUUACCAGCCCACGCCGAUUUCUUAACUGCAUAUUCUACGGCUCCAAGACACACUGCUUACCGGAAACCAUUUAUCAAAGCCUUUUGUGAGGAACUGUCGUCUCAACAGGUAAUAGAGGGGAAAAUAGAUUUCCUUUCGAUGUUGACCAACGUGCAGAGAAAAGUUGCCCUUGAAUUGAACGACGGCGGAACAAAGCAGAUUCCGAGCGUGACUAGCACCUUGACGCGAAAAAUCUUUUUUUAAGAUCCAGUAUAAUGCGGAUGCGCCCUAAAUGCCAAAUUUGUAUUUUCAACCAAUACAGUAUGCAUAUAUAAGUGGUAA